AUGAACAAAGCUUUUAGUUUUCGCAAAAGCCGGCGCAACUCCGGACCCACUACCACACCCAAGAUGGCCAUGCUCGGCCGCAACGAGGAGGAGGAAUCCCUUUUUGAUCUUAUCCUCAAGCUUCAGGGCGGUGCCCGCAUGGAGAAUCAGCGAUCCUCAGGGCCCCGGCUUGGUGGCAACAUCAUCGAUCAAUCGCAAACCCUUUCCAGUCGCCAGUCCUCCUUUGCUACGCCGGCCCCACCCCCACCUCCAGCGGGCCACAUCAGCCUAACCAAUAACACACCCACCAGCAGUAUGACUGCCUCGGAUACGGGGCGCCCCGAGCCCGUCUAUGAGACACCAGAACCAGAAGUGGACAUGUACGAAGCCCCAAAAUCCACAACCGGCCCGGCCCCACCCCGUCCACUCAGACCGUCCUCGAUUGCCAGUAGCGCCGGCACUGGGGCAGAUUCGCUUCAGGAAGACCAUCGCCACCCGCAGCAACGCUCUGCCAGCCUGCACCACGAGCGAGACUCUGCUUCACAGUUCAAUGGCCCACGCCGCGCCGCCUCGCACCAUACCACCAGCCGACCGCUACCCGCCACGCCACCGCGCCCCUCACUCCGUCGGGCCCAUCGGAGCAGUAGCUCUGCUGCUGCUGCAGAUAACAUGAUCCCUGAAGCAGGCCUGGCUGCUGAACGCCGCAAGAGUCGCAUGAGUCUUUGUGAGCCCUGCCCUGAACAAGACGAAGAGACAACUCCCCCAACCAUCAGCGAGGAAGAACACGAGCUACGCGGUUUUCAGUGGUACCUGGGUGCUGUUGAUCGAAAAGAGGCUGAAGAUUUGCUGCGAGCGUGGCCCACGGGCACGUUUGCCGUGCGCAAAGGCCGCAGCUCGCGCGUCAUUACACUCAAAUUCCCCGUCGCCAAAGAUAAAGUCUUUUUUCACGUGCGCAUUACUUACGAAGAACCGAUGUAUCGGGUAGCGGAUUCGGAAUGCUUUCGCUCCAUCCCAGAGCUGGUGGCAUUCUACGUGGACCAACCCCACCGCUUCUUCCGUGGCAUGGCGCCUGAGGAACGCCUAAAACACCAACUCUCCCCCUACUGCCCCGUGCCGACUUUGCAGCUUGAUAUUGAUGCUUCCGAGGCGUUGGGGGCCUCCGAAGCCUAG